AUGUCUUCUCCGAACUCCACCAGCCCCUCCCACCCCCCCACCUUCCUCCUGGUUGGCAUUCCGGGGCUGGAGAAGGAGCAGUUCUGGAUUGCCUUCCCCUUCUGCAUCAUGUACGCCAUAGCUGUGCUGGGGAACAUCAUCCUUCUCAUUGUCAUCAAGACCGAGUCAAGCCUGCAUGAGCCCAUGUACCUCUUCCUGGCCAUGCUGGCCUUCACUGACCUGGUCCUCUCUACAUCCAUGCUGCCCAAAACGCUCGCCAUCUUCUGGUGGGGCUCCAGGGAGAUUGGCUUUGUUUCCUGCCUUGUUCAGUUGUUCUUUGUCCACAACUUCACAGCAGUGGAGUCGGGCGUGCUCAUGGCCAUGGCCUUGGAUCGCUAUUUUGCCAUUUGCCAUCCCCUGCGGCACUCCAGCAUCCUCUCCAUGCCGGUGGUGGCAGCUCUCGGGAGCCUGGUGCUGCUGCGUGGAGUCCUCAUG